AUGAGCAAACCAACUUUCAUCUUGGCGCCGGGCGCGUGGUACCCGCCCACAGCAUUCAACCCACUCAUCGAGAAGCUGAGCGACUACACCUGCCGCACAGUGGCCUUCCCCUCAAUCCAACAGGCAACUACCGUGCAGGACUUGCAGCCUGACAUCAACAGUGUCCGCACGCUGGUCGAGUCGGAGGCAGACGCGGGGCACGAUGUUAUCAUGGUUUUGCACAGCUGGGCCGGGUUACCAGUUUGCAGUGCGCUGGAUGGACUGAGCAAAGCCGAGCGCGAGAAAGACGGCAAGCAGGGUGGCGUCAUCAGGCUGGUAUUCUUUGCAGGUUUCAUUCCCCAAGUCGGCGAGAGUUUGAUCGGUGCAUUCGGAGGUGCCCCGCCUCCGUGGUAUGUUCGCGAGGUUGAGAAUGGAACUGUCACGGCUAGUGAUCCCUUUUGGCUUUUCUUCCACGAUGUUCCUGAUGGUCAGGAGUGGGCUGCUACGCUUCGGCCUCAUGCUUGGGCUACCAAGAACGCGCCUGCGACUAGUGCGGCGUAUUACCAGAUUCCGUCUUCAUAUCUGCUUUGCGAAGAGGAUCGCGCUAUUCCGAUGGCGGUGCAGCAGCUGAUGGUUGAUCGAGCUCAGACGAGGGGUGCGCAGAUUGAGACGGAGAAGAUCGCGACGUCACAUUCUCCUUGGCUUGUGCACCCGGAGAAGGUGGCGGAGUAUCUUCGCCGACAAGCUGGCGAGUCGAUUUACACCUUCUCAGGCAUGAAAAAUACCUAG